CUGAUAAGACUGUCAAUGGGAGGUGAUGGUGAAGAGGUGAGAAGGGCAGACUUUGGACCCGCUUCACUCGCUCUCCUUCUUGCCACCGGCUGCAGCUCCUCGCUUAGUCUCUCUUUCUCUGGUGGGAAACAUGAAGAUUGAUUUCGCCCCGCUGGAUUUGCCCAUGCACCGGAGGCUGCAGACGGCCGUCGUGCUGCAGUGGGUCUUCUCCUUCCUCGCUCUGGCACCCACCUGCAUUGUCCUGUUCUUUUACCUGCUGUUCACUCGCUUCUGGCUGAUCAGUGUGCUGUACGCCGUCUGGUGGUUCGUUGACUACGACACUCCGUCGCGUGGAGGCCGCAGGGUGCCCUUCUUGUGUGGCCUCAAAGUUUGGGAACACAUGAGGGAUUACUUCCCCAUCAAGCUCGUGAAGACAGCCGACCUGGACCCCAAGCACAACUACGUGAUGGGCUUCCAUCCGCACGGCGUGCUGGUGGCGGGAGCCUUCGCGAACUUCUGCACCUACGCUACAGGCUUCAGGCAGCUGUACCCUGGCCUCACCAGCUACCUGCUCAUGCUGCCCCUUUGGUUCAGAGCGCCAUUCUUCAGAGACUACAUCAUGUGUGCAGGUCUGAUUCCCUCAGACAAAGACAGUGCCAAAUAUCCGCUCUGCAAGCGGGGCGGUGGCAACGCUGUCGUAAUAGCAGUCGGCGGGGCCCCGGAGGCCUUGGAUGCCCGCCCUGGGUCCUACAAUGUGCUCUUGGCUAAGAAGAAAGGUUUCAUCAAAAUGGCCAUGGAGCAUGGCGCUCAUCUGGUGCCAGUCUUCUCCUUUGGGGAGAAUGAGGUGUUUGACCAGGUGGAAAACACAAGAGGAACCUGGCUCCGAUGGACACAGGAACGGCUGCAAAGCAUCAUGGGCAUCUCCCUGCCUCUCUUCCACGCGCGUGGCAUUUUCCAGUACUCCUUCGGCCUCAUGCCUUACAGAAAACCCAUCAGCACAGUCGUCGGCCGGCCGAUUAGGGUGGAGAGGAACGAGAAGCCAACGGCCGAGGAACUUGAUGCCCUCCACCAGCGGUACAUGGACGAGCUCAGCAAUCUGUUCGACGAGCACAAAGGCAACUACGGAGUGGACAAAGACACACACCUGAACUUUGUCUAAAGCGGACUGAUGAUGGAGCGGAUUUGAAUGCUAUUUAUUUGUAAAGCUCUGGUGCUCUGAUAAUCGUACCUUUUCAUUGUCUCUGUGAGCCUGACUUUGCUCUCAACUGGCCUGUUGAUUUAAGAUGAAUAAAAUGUUUGUGGUUCUGCGCACUGCUGCGUCAGUUUGUAUAAAGUAGGAUUCAUCUGCUGAGUCAGAAAAGCAGCCACAGUGGAAGUGCUUAUGUCUGAGCUGUGUGGGACAUCGUUCAGAGGGUACGCUCAUGACACAAGUCAAGCCUUCCUUACUUAAUCUCCCAGCGGCGGCAUCUGUCUGGACUUUUUGCAAUUUGGUGCAACAACUGACACUUUCUGAAACAGAGUCAAAGGUCGAAUAUGGGUUACAACAUCAUUUGGAGACACUGUCAUGAAACACUAAUAAUUACAGGAUUCUGUAUCUUAUACACGUGAAAUAAAAAUCUUAUACACAACACUCA